AUGUGUUCUGCACCGAACGGGCGCAAGAACCGCCCCAGAUCCGCAGCGAACAUUUUUCAGCUCAGCAAACCACUGCAGAGGGACCCGGAACGCCGGGAGAGCACCGAGAGCACGCGGAAAGCCCAGCGGGCCGUAGGCGACUGUAGGAUGGUAAGAUAUGAUAUAUCGUUCCGUCGGUAGUGGUAAUAGCUAUGGAGUCAUCGCUGCCAUACUAGUAUAAGAGCAGACAUUGUAACCUAUAUAUUUCCCGCAUGAAAAUCACGUGUAGGUGCACUGUUCUAUUAAACCACAAAGACAAAUUCAAAUGCGCAACACUGGAUACGAUAAAAUAAUUAACCAGAGACACAUUUCUUACCAAGCUACAUUUAUCUGCCAACGAAGUCGUAGAUGUGAGUCCAGGUACCAUAUAGUGAUUUAUUUAAGACUGUCCUUGGUGUCUUAGCGCUUUAAGGUGCGAUAGACAAAAUAAUGUCUGUUGCACUCACAAGGGCAUGCCACAAGGAGAGCUGGGAUAAUAUUACACCAAUGUGCCACAAUUAGGUAGCCUAUAUAUAGUAUAUAGGAAUAGGCUAUAUUUUGUAGUGCAAUAUUGUUAUUAUUCAAGUGUAGGCAAUAUUGUGAUUAUUUACGUGCAGUAGGCUAUGUAGCCUAUACGGAUCGGGUGGCAGUCCAGGCUAUGUAGCCUAUACGGGUCGGGUGGCAGUCAUAACAUUGAUCUACUGCGUGUCCACCUGCGCAUGCAAUAGUAUUGUCGCUCCAAUCUCCCUUGAAAACCUAUGGAGCUAUGCAUUGACUUGCUGAAAGGGGUUAUUUGUCCAUGUUGCUUCUCAGACUGUCCAAGAUUUCAACACUCUCGUGGCGCUGUACCGAGAACAGGUCAUAACUAUUGGGGAGAUUUCGGCCGAUUGUCCCUCUUUACGGGCGGUGCUGCACCGCACCAGGACCAAAGGAUGCACAAUGGCCCAAGCUGCCCAUCAGAACCUCACCGUAAUAUCUGGGUCUGGGUAAGGAAUCUACGAUAUACGGAUACAGUUAAAUGAACAUGAUAUGUUGACUUCUUCAAUGUCACUGGAAUUGUCCAUGGUGCUAGUGUAUGUCAAUUCAAGGCGCGCUAUUCGACAUGACAGCUUGCUAUACGGUAUGAAAGUCCCGCCUACUUCCUGGAUCAUCUCCCACACUGUUUUUGAAUGGCCUUCAAUAGCCCUAUUAUAUAAUCAAAUUAAUUACAAUCGCGUCAUUUAAGAUAUUAUAUAUUCGUAUUAGUGGAUUAAUUUACUUUUACUCAAUUCCUUCUAUGAAGGUUUUCCAUAAGGAAAAGAGAAACGCAAUCGAAAUCCAUGAAAGUCAUCAGAAAUAGCCUAAAUGAAGCCACGAAUAUGAAUAUAGCCUAAUUAAUUAAUUAACUUAUGAUCAGUAGUGGUGCAUGGGUAAAAUCACUGGGAAGAUUUUAAAAAAGCCAUAUUACAACCAGUGUUGUGAUAAUUGCGUUGUUUGCUCUAUAACCUGUUCAUUCAUAUGCCUUACAACCUGACAUAUAUAUAUAUAUAUAAGGCCGAGACAAUAAGACACAGUGGGAUAAUAAAUUCAACCACCUUUUUGUUUUAUCACAAAACCGGAUAACAACCUCUGUCCGCGAUGCAUAUUGCAUGUAACAGACCGUUACAUGACCUACAGCAUGGUUACGCAAGUUAAUGUUUCCGACAUUUUCGGCUCACUAAACUAUCGAUUUAGAACCACAGAGUUACCGCAAGUCGCAAAGAAAAUAGGAGCUGCCGCCACUAUUCCAGCACCAUUUCAACUUCUACAUUUAAACAUCAAAUCACCUCUGCUUCGUCUAAAACAGUGCCAACUAAAAGAUACCAAAAACAAUUUAGUCCCAUCAACGUAAACUAAAUAUGACGUGGCAACCUGGUUUAAACGCUUGCUCGCUAGCUUAACUUCCAUUCAUUGGCAACGUUAGCUAGUUAACAUUAGCAUUCUACAUCUAGCUACAUAUUGAACUUCCAUACUCUAAGGCCAGGGGCACAACAAUGUAUGAAUUAGGCUAAUGGUUGGAUCAGAAUCGCAAUUAUAAUCAUUGGCCAGUACUGAGAAUUAAGUAAAACCACAAGUCCAAAUCCCUGGCUAGGCACCGGAGGACAACAACACAACGAGAUGCAACAAUUCAAGUUGUUUCUGUCAAUGACAUACAGUGCCUUCAGAAAGUAUUCAGACCCCUUGACCUUUUCCACAUUUUGUUAUGUUACACCCAUAUCCUAAAAUGUAUUACAUUGUUUUUAUCCCUCAUCAAUCUACACACAAUACCCCAUAAUGACAAAGCAAAAACAGGUUUAGAAAUUUCUGCUAAUUUAUUACAAAUAAAAAAACGUAUCACAUUUACAUAAGUAUUCAGACCCUUUACUCAGUACUUUGUUGAAGCACCUUUGGCAGCGAUUAAAGCUACUCCCGAGUGGCGCAGUGGUCUAAGGCACCGCAUCGCAGUGCUAGCUGUGCCACUAGAGAUCCUGGUUCGAAUCCAGGCUCUGUCGUAGCCGGCCGUGACCGGGAGACCCAUGGGGCGGCGCACAAGUCGUCCAGGGUAGGGGAGGGAAUGGCCGGCAGGGUUGUAGCUCAGUUGGUAGAGCAUGGCGUUUGCAACGGCAGGGUUGUGGGUUCGUUUCCCACAGGGGGCCAGUAUGAAGAAAAAAAAAAAAGAAUGUAUGCACUCGCUCUGGAUAAGAGCGUCUGCUAAAUGACAAAAAAUAAAAAUCUAAAUAUAGAGUAUUCUUUGGUAUGACGCUACAAGCUCUGUCAGGUUGGAUGGGGAGCGUUGCUGCACAGCUGUCGGUCAUAUACUGUAUAAAUAAUUUGUUAUUUCUAUACUGAACAAAAAUAUAAACGCAACAUGUAAAGUGUUGGUUCCGUGUUUCAUGAGCUGAAAUAAAAAUCUAAGAAAUUGUCCAUAUGCACAAAAAGCUUAUUUCUCUCAAAUGUUGUGCACAAAUUUGUUUACAUCCCUGUUAGUGAGCAUUUCUCCUUUGCCAAGAUAAUACAUCCACCUGACAGGUGUGGCAUAUCAAGAAGCUGAUUAAACAGCAUGAUCAUUACACAGGUGCACCUUGUGCUGGGGACAAUAAAAGGUCACUCUAAAAUGUGCAGUUUUGUCACACAACACAAUGCCACAGAUGUCUCAAGUUUUGAGGGAGCGUGCAAUUGGCAUGCUGACUGCAGGAUGGUCCACCAGAGCUGUUGCCGGAGAAUUGAAUGUUAAUUUCUCUACCAACAUAAUUUUAAAGAAUUUGGCAGUACGUCCAACCCGCUUCACAACCACAGACCAUGUAUAACCAUGCCAGCCCAGGACCUACACAUCUGACUUCUUCACCUGCAGGAUCGUCUGAGACCAGCCACCCAGACAGCUGAUGAAACUGAGAAGUAUUUCUGUCUGUAAUAAAGCCCUUUUUUGGGGACAAACUCAUUCUGAUUAGCUGGGCCAGCUCCACGGUGGGUGGGCAUAAAAGCUGUGUUCUAAGUCUUGCGAUCCCCAGCGCGUAUUACAAAGUUAACAGUACAAAACCAAAGAUAUUGGUCUGUUUUAAUCAAUUUUGUGUCAUGUUGACUAUAAGCUUUUAUACUAUCACCAAUCUGAGGUAAAAAGGAUGUGUAAUGUAGUAACACAUACUGUCCACAUCUUGGAAAGUAGCAUAAUGUACAUUAAUUAGAUAUGGCAAAAUAAUGUAAUAUCUUAAUUUAGGAUGAUAGUAAAUGAAGCAAACUCAAUAAUCACAUAUUUCUCACUAGUUAAACCAUUUAGAGAUUAAAAACAUGAGCUCCCCAUAGUGACUGUGCAGCUGCCCAUUGUUUCAACUUCUCUAUUUAAAUGACCGCAUUUUCAUGAAUCUAUUGAAGGCCAUUCAAAAACCACGUGGAACUUGAUCCAUGAAGUAGGCGGGACUUCAUACCAUAGUAACCAACUGUCUUUGCUUUAUCAAGAAUAGCGACAGUGACUUUCUCAGAGGUAGCCUAGCCUAUGCAAAAUAUCUGACAAAUGUGGAGUAAGUGUACUAGGCUACUUAAAAAAUAUUGGAAAUUCUGUAUUUUUAGCAUUUCCAGGAAACAGUUCUCUGGUUCUACAGUGGAGAUUAAAAGAAAGUGCAGCCCAUUACACAUGGAGUGUAUAUAACCUCACACUUUGGCUGUGACAUUAGCCUAUAGCCUAGACUACUCAUUAAUUACCUGCUCUCCUGUUAGCCAUGACAGACCUCUCACACCUCCAGUGGUGCUAAGGAUAGGAACCAGUGAUCAGAUUUGAAACUGUCCAUUCUCCAACUGUGUAUAUGUGCUUUAGGCCAGAGGAUGGGGAGAUCCACCCAGAGAUCUGCCGGCUAUUCAUCCAGCUACAGUGCUGCCUGGAGAUGUUCAUCACGGAGAUGCUCAAGUCCAUGUGUCUACUGGGAGUGCUGCAGCUCCACAGGAAAGGUGCAAUACAAAUCUCAACCAGCAGAUGGCAGGGUAGUCCAUAAUAAAAUGUUCAGAGCAUCAUACCAAGAUAAAGAGCAGUGUGUAUCUACUCACAAUGAACUAAGAUGUAGCUAGUAUGGCACGCAUCAAAGCCAAAUUCCAUAGUUUUCUUAUAUCUCAGACUAGACACAAAGCAUUGGAAAAUGUAGACAUUCAUUUCAGACAUUUACAAGCUAUUCACAGGUUACCUAGUGUUAUGUGUUGAUCAUAUGUAAAUCCCCCUCACAGGAAAGGAUUCAUACCCAGAGCCCAGGUUGGACUUCAAGAUGGAUGAGAGCUCUGAUGUUCCCAUUCUGGAGGAGCACUCCUCCUCACCUGUGGACUACCAACAUGAGUCCUGGCUGGUGUGCACCGAUAUUGAAAACAUAGAGAGGUACAGUAUAAGCAAUAUGCUUACACACUCAUGGUCUCUCAUGGUCAGAAUGCCCAGGUCACAUGAGUAUAGGCAAUACAUGAAUGAUUAUCAACAGACUGGACAUUAUAGUCAACAUGAUAUCAUUGAUAAGCUUCAGUCUGUGAUGCAAUUUGCAAAAAGAUGUGCAGUAUUGAUGCAUAAGGUGAUGCGAAACGUAUUGAUGCAUAAAUCAAUACAUUGCAUUCAAUGCAACAAAAAAAAAGUUGGUGAUAAAGCUGCAAUGGGUAAAUUGGUGAAAGACUCAGACAGACAGACACAGACAGACGCAGACAGACAGACUAAUCUCAACCUUAAACCUAACCCUCACCCUAACCCUAGCUUCAUGUCCACAUCCCGGCUUAACCUUAGCCAUAAUCCUAAACUUAACACUAGCUUUGUCUCUACAUCUUGGCUAAGUUCUAGCCAUAGGAUUAUGGUUAGGGUUGAGGUUGGAGUUAGGGUUGAGCCGGGAUGUGAACAUGAAGCUAGGGUUAGGGUUAUGGCUUAGAGGUCUUCCUGGUCCAAAAAGUUGGACCCAGAACAGACCACCUACGUGUACAAACAGACCAGGUACGACCUCCGUAAGGUGAUCAAAGAGCCAAAACAAGAGUACAGGGACAAAGUGGAGUCCCAAUUCAACAGCUCAGGCCACGAGACGUAUGUGGCAGGGCCUCCAGACAAUCCCGGAUUAUAAAGGGAAAGCCAGCCACGUCGUGGACACUGACGCCUCGCUCCCGGACGAGCCAAAGACAUUCUUCACCCGCUUCGAGGAAAACAACAUCGAGCCAGGGACACAGGCCCCAAGCUCACAAGGACUGUGUGCGCUCGUUCUCCUGCCCAGACGGCAUCCCAAGCCGCGUCCUCAGAGCAUGUGCAGACCAGCUGGCUGGAGUGUUUACGGACAUAUUCAAUCUCUCCAUAUACCAGUCUGUUGUACCCACUUGCUUCAAGAUGUCCACCAUUGUUCCUGUACCCAAGAUAGCGAAGGUAACUGAACUAAAUGACUAUCGCCACGUAGCACUUACUUCUGUCAUCAUGAAUUGCUUUGAAAGGUUGGUUAAGGAUCAUAUCACCUCCACCUUACCCGACAUCCUAGACCCACUACAAUUCACAUAUCGCCCCAACAGAUCCAUGGACGACGCAAUCGCCAUUGCACUGCACACUGCCCUAUCCCACCUGGACAAGAGAAAUACAUAUGUAAGAAUGCUGUUCACCGACUACAGCUCAGCCUUCAACACCAUAGUGCCCUCCAAGCUCAUCACUAAGCUCAGGGCCCUGGGUCUGAACCCCUCCCUGUGCAACUGGGUUCUGAACUUCCUGACAGUCCGACCCCAAGUGGUGAAGGUAGGCAACAACACCUCCGCCACGCUGAUCCUCAACACGGCGGCCCCACAGGGGUGCUUGCUCAACCCCUUCCUGUACUCACUGUUCACCCAUGACUGUGUGGCCACGCACAUCUCCAACUCAAUCAUCUAGUUUGCUGACGACAAAACAGUGGUAGGCCUGAUUUCCAACAAUGAUGAGACAGCCUACAGGGAGGAGGUGAGAGCCAUAGCAGAGUGGUGCCAGGAAAAUAACCUCUCCCUCAACGUCAACAAAAUUAAGGAGCUGAUCGUGGACUACAGGAGACAGCAGAGAGAGCACGCCUGUCCACAUCGACGAGAACGCAGUGGAUAGGGUCAAAAGCUUCAAGUUCCUUCGGCAUGCACAUCACUGGCAACCUGGAAUGGUCCCUUCACACAGACAGCAUGGUGAAGAAGGCGCAACAGCGCCUCUUCAACCUCAGGAGGCUGAAGAAAUGUGUCAUGGCCCCUAAGACUCUCACGAACUUCUACAGAUGCACAUUGAAAGCAUCCAGGAGCGUCACUGCACAGCUAUUUUCAGCUCUCUCCAGAGAUGUUUGAUCGGGUUCAAGUCAGGGCUCUGGCUGGGCCACUCAAGGACAUUCAGAGACUUGUCCCGAUUCCAUUCCUGCGUUGUCUUGGCUGUGUGCUUAGGGUCGUUGUCCUGUUGGAAGGUGAACUUUCGCCCCAGUCUGAGGUCCUGAGCGCUCUGGAGCAGGCUUUCAUCAACGAUCUCUCUGUACUUUUCUCCGUUCAUCUUUCCCUCGAUCCUGACUAGUCUCCCAGUCCCCGCCGCUGAAAAACAUCCCCACAGCAUGAUGCUGCCAUCACCAUGCUUCACCAUAGGGAUGGUGCCAGGUUUCCUCCAGAGGUGACGCUUGGCAUUCAGGCCAAAGAGUUCAAUCUUGGUUUCAUCAGACCAGAGGAUCUUGUUUCUCAUGGUCUGAGUCCUUUAGGUACCUUUUGGCAAACUCCAAGCAGGCUGUCAUGUGCCUUUUACUGAGGAGUGGCUUCCGUCUGGCCAUCUCUACCAUAAAGGACUGAUUAUGGGGUAUUUUGUGUAGAUUGAUGAGGAAAAAAUUUAAUUUAAUCAAUUUUAGAAUAAGGCUGUAACGUAACGAAAUGUGGAAAAAGUCAAGGGGUCUGAAUACUUUCCGAAUGCACUGUAUACUGUAUUCUAGUCAAGGCUUACCCUAUAUAACUUAUUUUUUGUUAUUUUUCUGGAUUAUAUGUGUAUUGUAAUUUGUUUUUUGCCACACUGCCAUUACCACACUGUUGGAGCUACAAACACAAGCAUUUCACUGCACCUGCAAUAACAUCUGCAAAUCGGUGUAGGUGACCAAUAAACUUUAAUGCACGAGCCGAGGGAGAGAGGAAUGGAUGAAAUUGGUGGGGAAACAUCCGACUGGGAGGUGUGAUCAUUGUCAGGAGGAGAUCGAGGCAGUGGAACAUGUUCUAUUUCAGUGCCAGACAUUUGUGAGAGAAAGGGAGUGAUUGUUAUUAGAUAUGAGGAGGAAUGGGGUUGAAGAGCCAGGAUUAAGUGAACUGCUGGCGAAAUCUUCAGGGGAUGUAGUAUUUAAUUAUGUAUUUCGUUUCCUUAGGGAGAUUAGAUUAUUGGGUAGGAUUUAGACCUUCACUGUCUCUGGUCCACACUCCAGUCCAGUUGGUGGCGGAAAUGCACCUUAAAGUUGGUUGCCCACCGCCAUAUAAAAUCCACAGAAGAAGAAGAAGAAGAAGAAGAAGAAGAAGAAGAAGAAGAAGAAUGGAGGAGUUCUACCAGCAGGUGGGGGAGGGGCCAUGUGGUGUGUGUUUGUGGCUGAGUGGCUCGAGGAGCAGGCAGCAGCAACCAAGCUGACUCGCAUUAGGUACUAACUUCUAGCUGCCAAAGCUAAGUUAUUUAUCAUCCAAUCUGAUUACAUAGUACCUGUUUUGACUGCAUCAAACCGAGAAGAGAAGCUAGUUAAGCUAGCUAUGUAGGCUAACUGAGGCUGCAACAACAACUCCAUUCAGAGUAUUAAGUAGCAGCCUACCUGUUGGCUAUUGGUCAUUGUAGCCUAUUCUUCUCAUUUAACUUUUCAUUCAGUUAAUUUAAUUCCAACUUCCAUUGAUCUCCUAACUUGCUUCCCACUGCACACAGAGGCUAGUGCCAUUUUGAUGACUUUUGAUUGGCCAACAACAACAAGCUACAUGCGCCACUCUCGUAAAGAUCCUGGGCAGCAGCAUAAAAGAGACCAUUUUCUCUCUCUCUGGACUGCAGCAGUCGCGUUCGGGUCUGUACUGGUCCUUACUGGAAAAUCAGUUAUAUUUAUACAUACCCCUGAUACCCCUGACAAUCAGAUCUGACCCGGAUCCGAGGGUGAACUACAGAAUUGGGUCGGGUAAUCGCUUUCGGUUGGACCCAUGAUGACCUCUAAUGUGGAAAUGAAGCUAGGUUUAGGCUUGAGGUUAGAGUUGAGCCGGGAUGUGGACAUGAAGCUAGGUAUUGAGGUUAAAGUUAGAAUUGAGCCAGGAUGUGGACAUGAAGCUAGGUAUUGAGGUUAAAGUUAGAGUUGAGCCGGGAUGUGGACAUGAAGCUAGGUAUUGAGGUUAGAGUUAUGGUUGAGCCGGGAUGUGGACAUGAAGCUAGGUAUUGAGGUUAGAGUUAGGGUUGAGCCGGGAUGUGGACAUGAAGCUAGGUAUUGAGGUUAGGGUUGAGCCUGGAUGUGGACAUGAAGCUAGGUAUCGAGGUUAGGGUUGAGCCAGGAUGUGGACAUGAAGCUAGGUAUUGAGGUUAAAGUUAGGAUUGAGCCGGGAUGUGGACAUGAAGCUAGGUAUUGAGGUUAGAGUUAGGGUUGAGCCGGGAUGUGGACAUGAAGCUAGGUAUUGAGGUUAGAGUUAGGGUUGAGCCGGGAUGUGGACAUGAAGCUAGGUAUUGAGGUUAGAGUUAGGGUUGAGCCGGGAUGUGGACAUGAAGCUACGGUUAGGGCCUCAACCCUAGACAUAACCCUUUAUUCUCUCCCUGCAGUUAAACCCUCUGUAGAACGGUAAAUUCUUAACAUAAAGACUUGAAACUCAGGGCGUUGUUAAAGAGUGUUCCCAGGAGUCCGUACAUUGAAUUUAAUUGGGGGUCAUAGGGGUGGUUUCGAGGGGUUAAAAAGGGUAGAAUUGUGUCUAUAUGCAUGUCUGUCUGUCAGUCUGUGAGUCUGUCUGUCUGCAUGCCUGUCUGAGUCAUUCACCAAUUUACCCAUUGCAGCUUUAUCACCAAUUUUGUGCAUUGAAUCCAAUGUAUUGACUUAUACUUCAAUACUCUUGACACAUACAGUGCGUUCAGAAAGUAUUCAUACCCCUUAACUUAUUCCACAUUUUGUUGUUACAGCCUGAAUUCAAUAUGGAUUAAAUAGAUUGUUUUUCUCACCCAUCUACACACAAUACCUCAUAACUAAGUGAAAACAUGUUUUUAGAAAUGUUUGCAAAUUGAUUAGAAAUGAAAUACAGAAAAAAAUAUAAAUAUUCACACCCAUGAGUCAAUAUUUUGUAGAAGCACCUUUGGCAGCGAUUACAGCUGUGAGUAUUUUUGGGUAAGUCUCUAAGAGCUUUCAACACCUGGAUUGUACAAAUAUUGCCCCUUAUUCUUUUUUAAAUUCUUCAAGCUCUGUCAAGUUGAUUGUUGAUCAUUGCUAGACAGCCAUUUUCAAGUCUUGCCAUAGAUUUUCAAGCCAAUUUGCAUCAAAUCUGUAACUAAGCCACACUGGGUAAGUAACUCCAGCAUAGAUUUGGCCUUGUGUUUUAGGUUAUUGUCCUGCUGAAAAGUGAAUUAGCAGACUGAACCAAUGAAUUAACAGACUGAACCAGGUUUUUCUCUAGGAUUUUGCCUGUGCUUAUAGCUGUAUUCCGUUUCUUUUUAUCCUAAAAAAACACCCUAGUACUUGCCAAUGACAAGCAUACCCGUAACAUGACACAGCCACCACCAUGUUUGAAAAUAUGAAGAGUGGUACUCAGUGAUGUGUGGUGUUGAAUUUGACCCAAACAUGACGCUUUGUUUUCAGGACAAAAAGUGUAUUUCUUUGCAACAUGUUUUGCAGUAUUACUUAAGUGCCCUGUUGGAAUAUUUGUAUUCUGUACAGGCUUCCUUCUUUUCACUCUGUAAUUUAUGUUAGUAUUGAGUAACUUCAAUGUUGUUGAUCCAUCCUCAGUUUUCUCAUAUCACAACCAUUAAACUCUUUAACUCUUUUAAAAUCACCAUUGGCCUCAUGGUGAAAUCCCUGAGCAGUUUCCUUCCCCACUGGCAACUGAGUUAGGAAGGACUCCUUUAUCUUUGUACUGACUGGGUGUAUUGAUACACCACCCAAAGCCUAAUUAAUAACUUCACCAUGCUCAAAGGGAUAUUCAGCGACUGCUUAUUAUUAUUUUUAUUUUUUUUACACAUCUACCAAUCGGUGCCGUUCUUUGCGAGGCAUUGAAGAAUGUCCCUGGUCUUUGUGGUUAAAUCUGUGCUUGAAAUUCACUACUCGAUUGAGGCACCUUACAGAUAAUUGUACAGUGAGGGAAACAAGUAUUUGAUCCCCUGCUGAUUUUGUACGUUUGCCCACUGACAAAGAAAUGAUCAGUCUAUAAUUUUAAUGGUAGGUUUAUUUGAACAGUGAGAAACAGAAUAACAAAAAAAGAAUCCAGAAAAACGCAUGUCAAAAAUGUUAUAAAUUGAUUUGCAUUUUAAUGAGGGAAAUAAGUAUUUGACCCCCUCUCAAUCAGAAAGAUGUCUAGCUCCCAGGUGUCUUUUAUACAGGUAACGAGCUGAGAUUAGGAGCACACUCUUAAAGGGAGUGCUCCUAAUCUCAGUUUGUUACCUGUAUAAAAAAAGACCUGUCCACAGAAGCAAUCAAUCCAAACUCUCCACCAUGGCCAACACCAAAGAGCUCUCCAAGGAUGUCAGGGACAAGAUUGUAGACCUACACAAGGCUGGAAUGGGCUACAAGACCAUCGCCAAGCAGCUUGGUGAGAAGGUGACAACAGUUGGUGCGAUUAUUCGUAAAUGGAAGAAACACAAAAGAACUGUCAAUCUCCCUCGGCCUGGGGCUCCAUGCAAGAUCUCACCUCGAGGAGUUGCAAUGAUCAUGAGAACGGUGAAGAAUCUGCCCAGAACUACACAGGAGGAUCUUUUCCAUGAUCUCAAGGCAGCUGGGACCAUAGUCACCAAGAAAACAAUCGGUAACACUCUACGCUGUGAAGGACUGAAAUCCUGCAGCGUCCGCAAGGUCCCCCUGCUCAAGAAAGCACAUAUACAGGGCCGUCUGAAGUUUGCCAAUGAACAUCUGAAUGAUUCAGAGGAGAACUGGGUGAAAGUGUUGUGGUCAGAUGAGACCAAAAUCGAGCUCUUUGGCAUCAACUCAACUCGCCGUGUUUGGAGGAGGAGGAAUGCUGCCUAUGACCCCAAGAACACCAUCCCCACCGUCAAACAUGGAGGUGGAAACAUUAUGCUUUGGGGGUGGUUUUCUGCUAAGGGGACAGGACAACUUCACCGCAUCAAAGGGACGAUGGACGGGGCCAUGUACCGUCAAAUCUUGGGUGAGAACCUCCUUCCCUCAGCCAGGGCAUUGAAAAUGGGUCGUGGAUGGGUAUUCCAGCAUGACAAUGACCCAAAACACACGGCCAAGGCAACAAAGGAGUGGCUCAGGAAGAAGCACAUUAAGGUCCUGGAGUGGCCUAGCCAGUCUCCAGACCUUAAUCCCAUAGAAAAUCUGUGGAGGGAUCUGAAGGUUCGAGUUGCCAAACGUCAGUCCUCGAAUCCUUAAUGACUUGGAGAAGAUCUGCAAAGAGGAGUGGGACAAAAUCCCUCCUGAGAUGUGUGCAAACCUGGUGGCCAACUACAAGAAACGUCUGACCUCUGUGAUUGCCAACAAGGGUUUUGCCACCAAGUACUCAUGUUUUGCAGAGGGGUCAAAUACUUAUUUCCCUCAUUAAAAUGCAAAUCAAUUUAUAACAUUUUUGACAUGCGUUUUUCUGGAUUUUUUUGUUGUUAUUCUGUCUCUCACUGUUCAAAUAAACCUACCAUUUAAAAUUAUAGGCUGGUCAUGUCUUUGUCAGUGGGCAAACGUACAAAAUCAGUAGAGGAUCAAAUACUUUUUUCCCUCACUGUAUGUGUGUGGUACAGAGAUGGGAUAGUCAUUAAAAAUACAUGUUAACCACUAUUAUUGAACAUGGAAUUGUCCAUGUAACUUGUCCAUGUAACUUAUUAUGCGAUUUGUUAAGCACAUUUUUACUCCUGAACUUUUAGGCUUGCCAUAACAAAGGGUUGAAUACUUAUUGACUCAGGACAUUUCAGCUUUUAAUUUGUUAUACAUUUCUAAAAUGUUCUACAAACUGCAUUUCAUUUUGACAUUAUGGGGUAUUGUGUGUAGAUCAGUGGCGAAAAAAUCUCAAUUUAAUCCAUUUUAAAUGCAGGCUCUAACAACAAAAUGUGGAAAAAGUCAAGGGGUGUGAUACUUUCUGAAAGCACUAUAUAUUUGCAUUGAAUGCAAUGUAUUGACUUAUACCAUUUAUUUUUGCAAAAGCAUCACAGAAUGACACGUCAGUUGAUACCAGGCUGGUUAUAGUAGAAGUUCAGUGUGUGUGUGUGUGUGCUUCCCCUGUGACCAUUUAGAGGUGGUAGGGGAGACUGCGGUAAGUUGAGCUAUUUCUUACAUUCAGCAUCACUCAAUCAAGAAAUAUAGUAUUCUUUCUAACAAAGAUAUCUACAUAUACAGUACCAGUCAAAAGUUUGGACACACCUACUCAUUCCAGUGUUUUUCUUUAUUUUUACUAUUUUCUACAUUGUAGAAUAAUAGUGAAGACAUAAACUAUGAAAUAACACAUAUGGAAUCAUGUAGCAACCAAAACAGUGUUAAAUAAAUCAAAAUAUAUUUUAUAUUUGAGAUUCUUCAAAUAGCCACCCUUUGCCUUGAUGACAUCUUUGCACACUCUUGGCAUUCUCUCAACCAGCUUCACCUGGAAUGCUUUUCCAACAGUCUUGAAGGAGUUCCCACAUAUGCUGAGCACUUGUUGGCUGCUUUUCCUUCACUCUGCGGUCCGACUCAUCCCAAACCAUCUCAAUUGGGUUGAGGUCGGGGGAUUGUGGAGGCGAGGUAAUCUGAUGCAACACUCCAUCACUCUCCUUCUUGGUCAAAUAGCCCUUUACACAGCCUGGAGGUGUGUUGGGUUAUUGUUCUGUUGAAAAACAAAUGAUAGUCCCACUAAGCCCAAACCAGAUGGGAUUGCGUAUCACUGCAGAAUGCUAUGUUAGCCAUGCUGGUUAAGUGUGCCUUGAAUUCUAAACAAAUCAGACAUUGUCACCAGCAAAGCACCCCCACACCAUAACACCACCUCCUCCAUGCUUUACGGUGGGAAAUACACAUGCAGAGAUCAUCCGUUCACCCACACCGUGUCUCACAAAGCCACGGCGGUUGGAACCAAAAAUGUCCAAUUUGGACUCCAGACCAAAGGACACAUUUCCACCGGUCUAAUGUCCAUUGCUCGUGUUUCUUGUUCCAAGCAAGUCUCUUCUUAUUAUUGGUGUCCAUUAGUAGUGGUUACGUUUUCCAUAUUGACUGACCUUCAUGUCUUAAAGUAAUGAUGGCUGUUGUUUCUCUUUGCUUAUUUCAGCUGUUAUUGCCAUAAUAUGGACUUGGUCUUUUACGAAAUAGGGCUAUCUUCUGUAUACCCCCCUACCUUGUCACAACACAACUGAUUGGCUCAAACGCAUUAAGAAGGAAAUACAUUCCACAGAUUAACUUUUAAGAAGGCACACCUGUUAAUUGAAAUGCAUUCCAGGUGACUAUCUCAUGAAGCUGGUUGAGAGAAUGCCAAGAGUGUGCAAACCUGUCAUCAAGGCAAAGGGUGGCUAUUUGAAGAAUCUCAAAUAUAAAAUAUAUUUUGAUUUAUUUAACACUGUUUUGGUUGCUACAUGAUUCCAUAUGUGUUAUUUAAUAGUUUUGAUGUCUUCACUAUUAUUCUACAAUGUAAAAAAUAGUAAAAAAUAAAGAAAAACCAUUGAAUGAGUAGGUGUGUCCAAACAUUUGAAUGGUAGUGUAUUUCAGGUUGUUCUGUAUCCCUGGAAACAAUUGUAAUUCACGUAAACAUGACAGUUUUGAAAACAUACUGUAGUUUGUCUAAAAAAAGUGGUCUGUUGUCACAACUUACCCCGGUUAUGGGGUAAGUUGAGCCACGCGACAGGAUAAAUAAAGCCAUCUCAACUUACCCCAUGGCCAUUAGCUCAAUUUACUCCAAGGCAAACAUUUUGACCAUAUUAGCCCACAUAGCUACAAGGAUGCACUUUCAUGCUAGGUUUAGGACCUCAUAUUGAAGCUUAUGGAGACCCCAACUGAUGUAUAGAACAAUCUUUAAAUUAUCUACUUUGGUUUAGAUACAUGCAUCAUGAAACCUCAAACACAAUGCAUUCAUUUGACUUGGUGAAAAUCUUUUUUUGGGACUUAACUUGCUUACCACUUUUUCCAUGUGGUUUCUUCACAGACUCCAUGAAAAGAUGACCUCUGCCUAAAUAUUUGGUCAAAUGAUUAAUUUUGUGCAUGGUGUCCUACAAACAAGGGUGGCUCAACUUACCCCUUUGGCUCAACUUACCCCACUCUCCCCUAAAUGGAUUUACCCAUGAUUCACCAUGUCUCCUCAGGGACAUGCGAGAGAUGAGAAACCUACUAAGCAAACUCAGGGAGACCAUGCCUUUACCACUGAAAAACCAAGGUAAGUGGCAUUUAUACUGUAUGAGUGGAUGAAAUCAUAAAAAAUACACAAGAUUGAAGGCACUGCACUGUACUCAGGAUUUGCUGUCUGUAUUGUGUCUAGAUGACAGCAGUCUGCUGAAUCUCACUCCAUACCCGCUGGUCAGGCAGAGGAAGAGGCGCUUCUCUGGGUUCUGCUGCCUGGUGUCCAGCUAA